AACAGAAAUCCUGGUGCAUAUGGGAGUGGUUGUGCAGUGCAAUCACGAGCUACAGCGUAUGGUGUUGACAACGAAGGAAGCGGGGCGACCUCUUGAUUUCAGGAGCUCCAGAGCUUUCCAGCACUUUAGAAACCCCCGAUUAAGUUCCGCUAGUUAAGCGAUUACCAUAACAGACCAUAGACGAUAUCGCCAGAAAGAGCUUGGAAUGACAGCAGACUCCUAUAUCGGGAAGAGACUGUCGUUUAACAGUCACCUAUGCACGGUCCGCUACAUCGGUCAAGUCAGAGGCACCUGGGGCGACUGGUUAGGUGUAGAGUGGGAUGACCCCGGACGAGGGAAGCAUUCAGGAGAAUACAAUGGCACUAGAUAUUUUGAAUGCUUAAGCGGCGAGCCAACGGCGGGCUCGUUCGUCCGACCCAACCGUCCCUCCGAUCCAUCGCGAAACUUUCUGGACGCGUUACGCUACAAAUACGCCAGCGACAACCCCGACGACGGCACUUCUGUGCAUGGCCACUCCGAGGCGAAGAUCAUCACCUUCGGAACCAAGGCGGCCGAAGAAAUAGGCUUCGACAAGAUCCGCAAGCAGCUGGCGGAUUUCCACGAACUGAAGGUCGUCAUCCUCGACGGACUGGGUGUGAGUCAGCUUUCUCGACGACGGGAGGAUGGAGGGGCGGUGGUGGAGGGUGCCGCACGGGUCAGGGAAACGUGUCCGAAGAUCUUGGAGUUGGAACUGAGCCGCAAUUUGUUCGAGGAUUGGGCGGAGGUUACAUCGGUUUGCGAGGAGCUGGAUAGAUUAAGGAGCUUGCGGAUAGACGGCACUCGGUUUCGAGAUAUUAACCUCGCAACGGCGGAUCAUAGGGCGUCAAAACCAGUAUAUGAAGGUCUGAGAUCGUUAAGUAUCCAAUAUGGCCUCCUCACAUGGCAACAGAUUGCGUCCAUUGCAUCGUCAUUUGUACGUCUCCAGCAUUUACUAUGCGGAGGUAAUCGGUUGCGGGAACUUUCGCAUGCGACCCUACCAGACUCAUUAACCGUUGUAAGUCUAGAGGAAGGACUCCUUCAAAACCUCGAUGACGCCCGACCAUUAAGCCGCCUCCCGCAUUUACAAAAGCUGGUCUUGAAACGGAACCGGAUCGCGAGCAUUGAUGUAGAAGCGGUGGACGAGAAAUCCCCCCUGGUCUUCCAGCCAUCCCUAACAGACGUUGACCUAUCCUACAAUCUAAUCUCCUCAUGGGAUUUCAUCAACGCGCUCCAAGCCGUCUUUCCCGGCCUUAUCUCCCUCCGCGUCGCCCACAACCCCCUCUACGACGACCUCCGCUCCGCCGACGGCAAGAUCCUCAACGCCGACGACGGCUACAUGCUCACCAUCGCGCGCCUUGCCCCCCUCGAGUCCCUCAACUUCAGCACCAUCUCCGCCAAAGAGCGCCUGAACGCCGAGUCCUACUACCUCUCCUCCAUCGCGCGCGAGCUAUCGAAGAAUCCGGAGAGCGCGGAACCGGCGAUCCUAAGGGGCCAUCCGCGCUAUGCGGCGCUGUGUGGGGAGUAUGGGGAGCCGAAUGUCGAUCGGGCGAUCGAGGCUGUGAAUCCGAACUCGUUGGCAGCGCGGCUAGUGCGGUUUCAAUUUUACCUCGCGGGAAAGGCGCUCGAUGGGGUCAAGGGCGGCGGAUUAUCGAAAGCGGAGAUCGAGAUACCGAAGCGGUACUCUGUGUACGCGGUGAUGGGGAUUGUCGGGAAGAAGUUCAACCUGGAGCCGGUUCGUUUGCGGCUCAUUUGGGAGACGGGAGAGUACGAGGUAAAGGGGCAAGACAAGGCGGAGGGUGAGGAGAGCGAUAUGGUUUCGGAUGACGAACUCAGUGAGGAUGAAAGGAGUCGGGAGAUCGGUGAACGCGAGGUGGAGCUCGUCCCUAGUAGUCGACCGGCGACGACGUGGAUUGAUGGACAUGUCGCCAAAGUACGCGUAGAGCUUAAGCGUAGAUGAUGCAUCACGUCGACAGCUUUAAGAGCAUGCAUUUGGAUUUUUAUGCUGGCUACCGGUACUCACACUUAAUACCAGUUAAAUGC